UGGCCAGCUUGAUAAACUGUGGGCAACUGAGAGAGCCGUGGGUCUACCGUCCCGAGGAUUGAGUUUACAGUUUGUGCUGUUAUAUAAUUUUUAUUUUGUUGGGAGUCUUGCCGUUGUAUUCAUUCGGUGUCACCGACAGCCGUUCAAAGCGGAAUGGCCGAACCGAGCGCCAGAUACCAGCAGCUGCCCAAUGAGGAGGAGCCAGAGGAGAGUCCACAGGUAGCAGCUGAUGCUCCACCACCCUACAGCAGUAUUGCUACCGAAAAUGCUGCCUACUUCGACUACAAGGAAGACGGGGUUUUCCCCAAGCCUCCAUCAUACAACGUAGCAACGACGCUACCUUCCUAUGAUGAAGCGGAGAGAACCAAGGCUGAGACGACUGUUCCCCUGGUAACUGGAAGACCACAGCCUCAGCACAGGGAACGCCUGGAGACUUUUGAUGAUGUAAUUCGCAGUUCACUGGAGGAUGACGACUUUGUGACCAGAGACGACUUUGAAGAUGCUGAUCAGCUGAGGAUAGGCAAUGACGGCAUCUUCAUGCUCACUUUCUUCAUGGCAUUCCUGUUCAACUGGAUCGGUUUCUUCCUGUCUUUCUGUCUGACCACGUCAGCAGCUGGUCGCUAUGGGGCCAUCUCUGGCUUUGGCCUCUCCCUCAUCAAAUGGAUCCUCAUUGUCAGGUUCUCCACAUACUUUCCUGGUUACUUUGAUGGACAGUACUGGCUGUGGUGGGUGUUCCUGGUGUUGGGCUUCUUGUUGUUCCUCCGAGGAUUCAUCAACUACGCCAGAAUCCGCAAGAUGGCUGACUCCUUCUCCACCCUGCCCCGCACCCGAGUCCUCUUCAUCUACUGAGCUAAAAACAAAAAGAAGCCUCAGUCACCAUCAUCACAACCUUUUUUUUUCUCUCUCAAAGACACAUACUAUCCGGCUUUAUCCAAUCAAAGAGGGAGAAAAGAACAUUUCUUUUUUUUUUCUCUUCCUCGGCUUGACAUGAUUUGGACAAUACACUUUUGAUUGUCCCUUCUUGGUGUAAAAUAGUGGAUGCUGAGAAUUCUGUAAACCCUUCAGUUGUUAGUGGUGAACUGUCAAGUGCUAUUUGCAAUUAUGAAGUGUGUGUGAUGUAUAAAUAAUGCCUUAUUUACUAUAUUACUCUGUUUGUAGCAGCAGCAUGCACUGUUCUCCCUUUUAGCCACCAGGGGGCAGUCUUGUUUGUGUUUUUUUUUUUUUUUUUUUCCCCUCCUUUGGUAUAGAAAGGUGGUUCUCAACCCAGACAUUCAGACCCCUGAGGGGUCUAUGGAUGAUUUUUUUAGGGGUUUAUGGGGUAGUAUGUAGAAUGUAAAACAAUAUCUAUCUAAAGUCUAAAUUUAUUUGACCUCCCUCAACAGUGCUUCUUGUGAAAUAAUGAAUAAUAGCAGGUCCUAGGCUCCUUCCAGUAUUUAAUGAAGGAAAGCAAGCUUGAAAAGGGAAAUCUUUAGUUCACCACUGCACAUAUGCCUGCUACAGGGAAUUGUUGGUAGGCAGGGCUUCAUUUUUUGGGGGGGGGUUGGUGGUGGGAAGAGAAGGUUGAGAACCACUGAGUGACAGCUAGUAUGCGGGCUGGGCAGGGUUUCCCAAAAGCAUUUUUUCCAAGUAUUUAUGAAUUGUUUAUGCCCAGGAGGGUCGGGGUGCAGGGCUAGUCAGGAGCAGCACUUCUGGAACAGGCUGGGCUUCAGUGUCUUGAUCAAGGACACUGAGGCAGGCAUCAGACAUAUAAUUGGCUACCCUGAAAUACAUCACCCUACCACCAUUUCUUAAUUACUGUUGGCUUACAGUGAGACAAAAUGAUCUUAAUCUUAAAUGCUAUUUGGAAACCCUGCCCUGUAGAAGACAAGGAAUUCAUUAAUUUCAAGCAGAGCUUUUCCCUUGAUGUAAUAAUAUUUAAAAAAGUCAUUCUUUUUAUGAUGUUUACCUUCAGUCUAGUGGAAGUGGAAUGAUUUUUUGUAUUGCAAGGAUUUUAUGUAUCUCUGGCUUGGAAAAUGUUUGGAAUUAAACUGACAAAGUGAA